AUGCAGGCGCCUGUGGUGGUUAUGAACACGGCGAAUGGAGAGAGACAAGUCGGGCGCAAGGCGCAAAUAUCAAACAUCACCGCGGCGAAAACCGUGGCGGAUAUCAUACGAUCAUGUCUCGGUCCCAAAGCGAUGCUGAAGAUGCUGCUUGAUCCCAUGGGCGGCAUUGUCCUCACGAACGACGGCCACGCUAUCCUGCGAGAGAUUGAGGUCGCACAUCCCGCGGCAAAGAGCAUGAUUGAGUUGAGCCGGACGCAGGACGAGGAAGUUGGUGACGGGACAACGACGGUCAUCAUAUUAGCGGGCGAGAUCCUUGCGCAAGCACUACCUCAACUCGAACGAAAUAUCCAUCCCGUGGUAAUUAUCCAGGCUUUCAAAAAGGCUCUCAUGGACGCACUGGCUAUUGUCGAAGAGAUUUCCAUCCCCGUCGACACCUCGAGCGACAAGGCCAUGAUCUCGCUUAUUGAAUCCUCCAUCGGCACCAAGACCAUCUCCCGAUACUCAGAACUCAUGUGCUCACUUGCUCUCAACGCCGUCCGGACUGUAUCUCAGGACCAGACGUCCAUUUCGAAUGCGCCCCAGGCCAACGGGACGACGAAAUCGGCUCCUACGCCUGCCCCUACGAAACCCGUGGAGAUCGAUAUCAAGCGAUACGCCCGAGUAGAGAAGAUCCCCGGUGGGGAAAUCGAGGACUCGAGAGUGUUGGACGGCGUCAUGUUGAACAAGGACAUUACACACGCCUCGAUGCGCCGACGGAUAGAGAACCCUCGGAUCGUGCUAUUGGAUUGUCCUCUUGAAUACAAAAAGGGCGAGUCUCAGACCAACAUCGAGAUCACCGAUGAGGACUCGUGGAAUAAGAUCCUCCAGAUCGAAGAGGAACAGGUCAAGAAGAUGUGUGAUGCGGUAUUGUCGGUCAAGCCCGAUUUGGUCAUUACCGAGAAGGGCGUGUCUGAUCUGGCUCAACAUUACUUCCAAAAGGCUAAUGUCACGGCACUGCGCAGAGUGCGGAAGACGGACAAUAACCGCAUUGCUCGGGCUGUGGGAGCGACCAUUGUGAAUCGUGUCGACGACAUUGUCGAGUCCGACGUAGGCACGGGUUGCGGUCUCUUCGAGAUUGAAAAGAUCGGUGAUGAGUAUUUCACAUUCCUCACAAAAUGCAAGAACCCCAAGGCCUGCACCAUCCUGCUCCGGGGACCUUCAAAGGACAUUCUCAACGAGAUUGAACGAAAUCUCCAGGACGCUAUGUCCGUGGCUCGCAACGUCAUGUUCCACCCGCGCCUCUCACCUGGUGGAGGAGCCACCGAGAUGGCCGUCUCCGUGCGGUUGGCUCAGAAGGCCAAGUCUAUCGAAGGCGUGAUGCAGUGGCCUUACCGCGCUGUCGCCGACGCCAUGGAAGUCAUUCCCCGAACACUUAUCCAGAACGCCGGUGCCAGCCCCAUCCGAAUCUUGACCCAGCUCCGUGCGAAACAAGCCGAGGGCAAGUCAACCUUUGGCGUCGAUGGUGAUACGGGUAAUGUGGUGGACAUGAAAGAAUAUGGCGUGUGGGAACCCCAGGCGGUCAAGCUGCAGAGCAUCAAGACGGCGGUCGAAAGCGCGUGCUUACUCUUGAGAGUGGACGACAUCUGCGGCGCGAAGAGCGCGAAGCAGGUUGGUGGAAGUGGAUUGUCGGGUGGUGCAGGAGGGGAGGAGUAA